AAGAUUGAAUUUAUUUCACUACAACCUAUGAAAUAUCUCAUCACUGGUGCUCCAGGAGUCGGCAAAACAACUCUUUGCUUAAAGGUUCUCGGAGAGCUGCAGAAGGCAGGGGUGCCAUGUCAAGGCUUUAUCACGAAGGAGGUCCGCAACCCCGAGACCCAUUCUCGUGAUGGUUUCGACUUGAUAUCACUGGAUGGGGGCAUUCAUGUUCCUCUCGCCCGAAUAGGCUACCCAGGCCCUAGAGUCGGUCGUUAUGGUGUUUGCCUCGAUGACUUUGAGAGAAACGCUUUGCCGUUACUUGACGCCAUGCAUGCCGAACGAAAGGAUGGCUGUGUUGUUAUCCUAGAUGAAAUAGGAAAGAUGGAGUCAUGUUCGGAACAGUUUGAGCCCAAAGCCCUCCGAAUCCUCACUGGGAGGCGACCUUGCCUGGCCACCAUCGCUCAGAAAGGAGGAGGUGUUAUAGCAGCGGCUAAGAAGUUGGCAGGAAUUAACCUCAUCGAGGUCACACCAUCCAAUAGGGACAAGUUGGUCUCAGAAUUAUAUCUGAAUUUAUGUCGAGAUUGUUAGUAUGUCUCUCUUCCACGACUCGCGUUCGUUGUUCCCUUACACCGACGACUUGACAACGCAACUACACUGAAAUUUCGACAACACUACAGUCACUCUGUGAA